AUGGCGAUCACAAGGAGUUUCAAGUAUUUCGUCUGGAGACGAUCUUUCAUAUCUGCAUCUUCUCAUAAGCAUGUUAUGAAUUCUUUAAGCAUGUCGGACGAAACGUUGGUCAAGCCAAUUCUGGUCGAACAUACUGACGGAAUUCAGGAGGGACAAUUUAGUCUCAUCCAUGUCCCAUUACACCUCUACUCGGCUCUCCUUCAACCUAUAUUAAGAGUACUGCUUCCUCAUGGUGGUCCAACAGGUAGUGAUGAGCCGGAAGGAUUACUAGAAGGACUUUCCACCGACAAUAAGCAUGGAUUCUUGAAUAUCAGUGUGACACCAAUCGAAUGUUCCAUAGUCUGUCACACAUCAUGGGCCCGAAAUGUCUUCGAGCCGGUCAUCAAAAAACUGCCAAAAGAAGCUUCAAAACAAGUACAGAUUUCAAAAGAGAAUUACAUUAUUUUCUCCGUCAGCAGUGCUGGUAUGGAAGCCGGUCAGCGAGUAAUGGAUCUCACAGCACCUCUCGCCAUGGCUGGUAUCCCCAUUUUCUUCAUCACAACCUAUUACACGGAUUUCAUUCUGGUCCCCAGCAAAGAUCGAGCCACAGUCGGCACCGCACUUUUAGACCGCGGCUUCGAGUUUUCUGAAAAUGAUUCGGCAUAUGUAGCACCAACCAGCAUCUCUCACUCUCGAAAUACAUCAUCUAUACCCUCCAAUCCUCCCUCUACACCCCCACCCACCAAUGUUGCAGAGCUCCAAAGUCGAACCUUCAACCAGCUGAGAAAACGAAAUGUUAUCCCUUUUGUCGAACCCGGUCUCCGACUCAUCCAGUGCUCCGGCAAAGAACUCACGCGAGAAAACGAGUAUCACCACCACUCCCACAACGGCUCAAACGGAACUCGAACACCCCCAUCCUGGCUCGACAACCUUGACCCAAAGCUCUACCUCGGCCUCGUCUCCGCACUCACCCAACCACCCCGCUUCCUCUCCGUCACUCUAGCACAAGACGACGCACCCUCCCUGCUCGUGGACAAGAACUUGCUCUGGCUGUUUGGCACCUCGAUCGCGGGCGAUACGGAUUGUGAUCUUGUGCCUAUCUUUCUGGAUCUGGUUGAUCUGCCGCUGGAGAGCACCGGUAUUGUUUGUGGGGUUGCGGGCAAGCUCGUGGAUGAGAUGCGGUGUUUUGAGGCGAAUGGAAAUGGAAAUGGUGAGGCAGGGGGCAAUAGUGAGUUGAGUUAUUUGAGUACGGCAAGAGCGGGGGCGGUGGUGCUUAAUUAUGAGGGGAGUGUUAGGGCUUUGGAGGCGCUUGCGCCGUUAUUGGAGAUGGGUUAA